AUGGCGAAUAAUUCCGGCAUAGACGAAGAGAUGAAUCAAUCCGAGGAGCCAAGGACGCCGCUGAAGAGACCAGUCUUGAAAAACGACACUGGAUUCGCCAUGGUAUGGACCCCUGAAGAACAAGCAACUCUAGAUAACGCCCUGCUCAACGAACCUAAGGACGCUUCUAAAUAUUCGUGUGUCUCACGUUACGCGAGAAUCUCGUUAGAGUUUCCAAAUAAGACCACCAAAGAUAUCGCUAUGCGUUGCAGAUGGAUCAAAGAAUUGGGAAGAGUCAAAGCUGAGGGUUCAAACUCAGCUCCUCAAGAUGCGGUCACCGAUGAGGUAAUUAACCAAAACGCAGGGCCGGCCUUGAGGGGAAGCCACCCAAGCCAAGGAUUAGGGCAUCCAAAUUAG